AAGUGGCAUAUUCGUCGGUUGACGCUUUCACCCUUUGCAUCUAUAAAGUAUCUUCUCCCUUUUUAGCGUUCUUCUUAAGCUCUCUCUCUCUCUUUCCUUCUCUUUCAAAUUCCGUUCGUCUUCGUCGUCGUCUCUCUAUCAGAUAUCCGCCGAAGAGUGAAGCAGCAAGGAUGGGUUUGUCGUUCGCGAAGCUGUUUAGCAGGCUUUUUGCCAAGAAGGAGAUGAGGAUUCUCAUGGUUGGUCUUGAUGCUGCUGGUAAGACCACCAUUUUGUACAAGCUCAAGCUCGGUGAGAUUGUCACCACCAUUCCCACUAUUGGUUUCAAUGUGGAAACUGUGGAGUACAAGAACAUUAGUUUCACUGUGUGGGAUGUCGGGGGUCAAGACAAGAUCCGUCCCUUGUGGAGGCACUACUUCCAGAACACCCAAGGUCUCAUCUUUGUGGUCGACAGCAAUGACAGAGACCGUGUUGUUGAGGCCAGAGAUGAACUGCACAGAAUGCUUAAUGAGGAUGAGCUGCGUGAUGCUGUUCUUCUCGUGUUUGCUAACAAACAGGAUCUUCCAAAUGCCAUGAAUGCUGCUGAAAUCACUGAUAAGCUUGGUCUCCACUCUCUCCGUCAGCGUCACUGGUACAUCCAGAGCACAUGUGCCACUUCAGGCGAGGGGCUCUACGAAGGUCUUGACUGGUUGUCCAACAACAUUGCCGGCAAGGCAUAGAGGGAAGAUGCGUGGUUGAGUUGAUUUUGCUGGGCAAAUCUGGAUGCAGUGGCAAACAUUAUGUGAUUUUUUUUUUUAUGGUGUUCUUAUUGUUCUGUGGUUUUUUUGGGUAUGUGGAUUUGAUUUUGUGGUCGUUGUUCUGAUUUGUGUAAAGAGGGUUUCUCUUGUACGUAGAACAUAGAAACUACCUUUUACUAUAGCUUGUAAUAUCGAAUUAUCUACUGCUUUCGUGGUCUUUGUUCUGUUGUCA